UACAGUAUAUCAUGAACGGAGCUUCGAAUCAAAUGGACAUCACAUCCUCAACCCCUCAGCCAUCGUCCAGCGCGGACAGAAUGGCUGGCAUGGACCACGCAGAGGUUCGCUAUUUUACGAGUUACGACCACCAUGGUAUUCACGAGGAGAUGCUUAAAGACGAGGUUCGCACACGAUCAUACAGAGAUGCCAUUUACCAAAACCGUCAUCUUUUUAAAGAUAAGGUAGUGCUUGAUGUCGGAUGCGGAACCGGGAUUCUCAGCAUGUUUGCCGUUCGUGCAGGAGCCAAACACGUUAUCGGCGUGGACAUGUCUUCCAUCAUUGAAAAGGCCCGCCAGAUCGUGGCAGUAAAUGGCAUGGCAGACAAGAUUACCCUUCUUCAGGGCAAGAUGGAAGAAGUGCAACUUCCCUACCCAAAAGUUGAUAUCAUUAUAUCCGAAUGGAUGGGAUAUUUCCUUCUGUACGAGUCCAUGCUUGACACCGUUCUCUAUGCUCGUGACAACUAUCUUGUCCCCGAUGGCAAGAUUUUCCCGGACAAAGCUACUGUCUACCUCGCCGGAAUUGAGGAUGGCGAAUACAAGGACGAUAAAAUCGGAUUUUGGGACAAUGUCUGGGGAUUCAAUUACUCACCUAUGAAAGAUGUGGCGCUGACUGAGCCUCUUGUGGACACUGUCGAGCUAAAGGCUCUUGUCACCGAUCCCUGCCCGGUCCUCACCAUUGAUCUAUACACAGUCACCACAGCCGAUCUUGCAUUCACUGUUCCCUUCAGACUCACCGCAAAACGCAACGAUUUCAUCCACGCCAUCAUUGCCUGGUUCGAUAUCGAUUUCACCGCUUGCCACAAAAAGAUUCGCUUCUCCACCGGACCUCAUGCGAAGUACACCCACUGGAAGCAAACCGUGUUCUACAUUCGCGAAGUCCUCACCAUUGAGGAAAAUGAAACAGUUGCAGGAUUCCUAGAGAAUAAACCUAACGAGAAAAACAAGCGGGAUCUCGAUAUUAAGAUCUCGUACACUUUUGAGACGGAGGAUGAGACACGUGCUGCCCAGGGCAGCUGUGUUAAACAUACGACGUACUUACCACGAAGACUCACAACCUAA